GGCUUACUAGAGCUGGAAGCCUUGCCCCCAACUCAGGAGUUUAGCCCCAGACCUUCUGUCCACCAGCUGAGAAGGACAAGGGCGGAAGGCAGCUGCACAGAGCGGGGCCACAGCCUUGCACACAGUUCAGGGAGAUUUGUGCAGGAGCCGGACCUCCCCCUGGGUCCCCAUGAUGAGAGAAUGGGUUCUGCUUUUGUCCACGCUGCUCUGUGGCCUGGCUGGCCCCACACACCUGUUCCAGCCAAGCCUGGUGCUGGACAUGGCCAAGGUCCUCUUGGAUAACUACUGCUUCCCAGAGAACCUGGUGGGCAUGCAAGAAGCGAUCCAGCAGGCCAUUAAGAGCGACGAGAUUCUCAGCAUCUCAGACCCACAGACGCUGGCCAGUGUGCUGACAGCCGGGGUGCAGAACUCCCUGAACGACCCUCGCCUGGUCAUCUCCUAUGAGCCCAGCACCCCCGAACCUCCUCCACAAGUCCCAGCACUCUCCAGCCUCUCAGAAGAGGAACUGCUAGCCUGGCUGCAAAGGGGCCUCCGCCAUGAGGUUCUGGAGGGUAAUGUGGGCUACCUGCGGGUGGACAGCGUCCCCGGCCAGGAGGUACUGAGCAUGAUGGGGGAGUUCCUGGUGGCCCACGUCUGGGGGAAGCUGAUGAGCACAGAUGCCCUAGUGCUGGAUCUCCGGCACUGCGUGGGCGGUCAGGUCUCCGGCAUUCCCUACAUCAUCUCCUACCUGCACUCAGGGGACACCGUCCUGCAUGUGGACACGAUCUACAACCGCCCUUCCAACACCACCACAGAGAUCUGGACCUUGCCCCAGGUCCUGGGAGAAAGGUAUGGUGCAGACAAAGAUGUGGUGGUCCUCACCAGCAGUCACACCAGGGGCGUGGCUGAGGACAUCGCGCACAUCCUCAAGCAGAUGCGCAGGGCAAUCGUGGUGGGCGAGCGGACUGUUGGGGGCGCCCUGGACCUCCAGAAGCUGAGGAUAGGUGAGUCUGACUUCUUCUUCACUGUGCCCGUGUCCAGGUCCCUGGGACCCCUGGGCGGAGGCAGCCAGACGUGGGAGGGCAGCGGGGUGCUGCCUUGUGUGGGGACGCCGGCCGAGCAGGCCCUGGAGAAAGCCCUGGCCAUCCUCACUCUGCGCAGUGCCCUUCCAGGGGUGGUCCACUGCCUCCAGCAGGCACUGAAGGACUAUUACACACUGGUGGACCGCGUGCCCACCCUGCUACAGCACCUGGCCAGCAUGGACUUAUCCACGGUGGUCUCUGAGGAAGAUCUGAUCACCAAGCUCAAUGCCGGCCUGCAGGCUGCAUCCGAGGAUCCCAGGCUCCUGGUGCGAGCCAUUGGGCCCAGAGAAACCCCUUCUGGGCCCGAAGCUGCAGCUGAAGACCCACCAGGGGCAGCCCCAGAGUUGCCUGAGGACGAGGCUAUCCGGGAAGCACUGGUGAACUCCGUGUUCCAGGUGUCGGUGCUGCCGGGCAAUGUGGGCUACCUGCGCUUCGACAGUUUUGCUGAUGCCUCCGUGCUGGGGGUGUUGGCCCCAUAUGUCCUGCGCCAGGUGUGGGAGCCGCUGCAGGACACGGAGCACCUCAUCAUGGACCUGCGCCACAACCCCGGAGGGCCAUCCUCGGCUGUGCCUCUGCUCCUCUCCUACUUCCAGGGCCCUGAGGCCGGUCCCGUGCACCUCUUCACCACCUACGAUCGCCGCACCAAUGUCACACAGGAGCACUUCAGCCACGUGGAACUGCCGGGCCCACGCUACAGCAUCCAGCGUGGGGUGUACCUGCUCACCAGCCACCGCACAGCCACGGCCGCAGAGGAGUUCGCCUUCCUCAUGCAGUCGCUGGGCUGGGCCACGUUGGUGGGUGAGAUCACCGCGGGCAACCUGCUGCACACCCGCACGGUGCCGCUGCUAGACACACCUGAGGGCAGCCUCAUGCUCACCGUGCCGGUGCUCACCUUCAUCGACAAUCACGGUGAGGCGUGGCUGGGUGGUGGAGUGGUGCCUGAUGCCAUCGUGCUGGCCGAGGAGGCCCUGGACAAAGCCCAGGAAGUGCUGGAGUUCCACCAGAGCCUGGGGGCCUUGGUGGAGGGCACGGGGCACCUGCUGGAGGCCCACUACAGUCAGCCAGAGGUCGUGGGGCAGACGACUGCCCUGCUGCAAGCCAAGCUGGCCCAGGGCGCCUACCGCACAGCUGUCGACUUGGAGUCUCUGGCCUCCCAGCUCACGGCGGACCUGCAGGAGGUGUCUGGGGACCACCGCCUGCUAGUGUUCCACAGCCCUGAUGAGCUGGUGGUAGAAGAGGCACCCCCACCACCCCCUGCUGUCCCCUCGCCAGAAGAGCUCACUUAUCUUAUUGAGGCCCUGUUCAAGACAGAAGUGCUGCCCGGCCAGCUGGGCUACCUGCGUUUUGAUGCCAUGGCUGAACUGGAGACAGUGAAGGCCGUCGGGCCACAGCUGGUGCGGCUGGUGUGGCAGCAGCUGGUAGACACGGCUGCGCUGGUGGUGGACCUGCGCUACAACCCUGGCAGCUACUCCACAGCCAUCCCGCUGCUCUGCUCCUACUUCUUUGAGGCAGAGCCUCGCCGGCACCUGUAUUCUGUCUUUGACAGGGCCACCUCGAAGGUCAUGGAGGUGUGGACCCUGCCCCAGGUCGCUGGCCAGCGUUAUGGCUCACACAAGGACCUCUACAUCCUGAUGAGCCACACCAGUGGCUCUGCGGCUGAGGCUUUUGCACACACCAUGCAGGACCUGCAGCGGGCCACGGUCAUUGGGGAGCCCACAGCUGGAGGGGCACUCUCUGUGGGCAUCUACCAGGUGGGCAGCAGCCCCUUAUAUGCAUCCAUGCCCACCCAGAUGGCCCUGAGUUCCACCACGGGCAAAGCCUGGGACCUGGCUGGUGUGGAGCCUGACAUCACUGUGCCCAUGAGCGAAGCCCUUUCCACAGCCCAGGACAUAGUGGCUCUGCGUGCCAAGGUGCCCACGGUGCUGCAGACAGCUGGGAAGCUGGUGGCCGAUAACUACGCCUCCCCGGAGCUGGGGGCCAAGGUGGCUGCCGAACUGAGUGGUCUGCAGAGCCGCUACUCCAGGGUGACCUCAGAAGUGGCCCUGGCCGAGAUCCUGGGGGCUGACCUGCAGAUGCUCUCUGGAGACCCACACCUGAAGGCAGCCCAUAUCCCUGAGAAUGCCAAGGACCGCAUUCCUGGAAUUGUGCCCAUGCAGAUCCCUUCCCCUGAAGUCUUUGAAGAGCUGAUCAAGUUUUCCUUCCACACCAACGUGCUUGAGGACAACAUCGGCUACUUGAGGUUCGACAUGUUUGGGGACGGUGAGCUGCUCACCCAGGUCUCCACGCUGUUGGUGGAGCAUAUCUGGAAGAAGAUCAUGCACACGGAUGCCAUGAUCCUCGACAUGAGGUUCAACAUCGGUGGCCCCACAUCCUCCAUCCCCAUCUUGUGCUCCUACUUCUUUGACGAAGGCCCUCCAGUUCUGCUGGACAAGAUCUACAGCCGGCCUGAUGACUCCGUCAAUGAACUCUGGACACACGCCCAGGUCGUAGGUGAACGCUAUGGCUCCAAGAAGAGCAUGGUCAUUCUGACCAGCAGUGUGACGGCUGGCACGGCGGAGGAGUUCACCUACAUCAUGAAGAGGCUGGGCCGGGCUCUGGUCAUCGGGGAGGUGACCAGCGGGGGCUGCCAGCCACCGCAGACCUACCACGUGGAUGACACCAACCUCUACCUCACUAUCCCCACUGCCCGUUCUGUUGGGGCCUCAGAUGGCAGCUCCUGGGAAGGGGUGGGGGUGACACCCCAUGUGGUUGUCCCUGCAGAAGAAGCUCUCGCCAAGGCCAAGGAGCUGCUCCAGCAAAACCAGCUGAGAGCUAAGCGGAGCCCAGGCCUGCAGAGCCACCUGUAGAGAGGGGCCCCAUAGGCAGAGCCCCAGGGCAGACAGAGCCUCUGGGCCACACACCAAGGGCACUCCCGAAGAUGGCUUGGCCUGAGGUUCCCAGGGCAGCAAAGGGGCCUGCUGAGCUCGGUUACGCUAGAGCUGGAGGUACACACACACACACACACACACGUAUAUACACGUAUAUAUGUGUAUGUAUAUAUACCUAUAUAUAUAUGCCUUUCCAAUAACCCGCUAAGUUUUAACAAAGGUUCCUUCUAAGUGGUAGA